ACUCGCCGCUACGGGAUGACGCAAUUUCUGCCCCGUUGGAGGGUGAUUUCAGCAGGAAGAGCAGAACGAGAGAAAAAACUGAAAAACAUCCCGAGAUCCGAGCCGUAAACACAGAACCCGGGGGAACCGGAGAGACACGGAGACACAAACCCUGCGGACGAUGUCUGUCAGUGAGGAUCUGCCGGAUAUGGACAGCGCGGAGCUGCUGGGGCUGCUGUUUCAGGACGGAGACCCCGGACCCACCGACCUCCUCUUCACCGAUGGAGGCAGCUUCAUCGAAGACCUGCUGUCUGAGCAGGACAUGCUGAGUGCGAUGGACACGGAGGAGUUCCUCAGCAGUCUGUUGGGUGAGGACGAUGACGGUCUGACCGCUCCGUGCGUUUCCCACUCUCCGCUGGGCAGCGACAGCGGGAUUUCGGACGAUGCCACGCCCCCCCACUGCCCUAGCCCCAACAGCGAGACGGACACGGCGCCCAGCCCGGUCUCCCACGAGCCGUCCCCGCCGGCCGAGUGCCUGACGGAGAGCUUUGAAGCCCAGGUGGUUCAGACUGACCACUGCUACUCCCUGCAGCAGGACAUCUACACCCUGCAGACCGUCCGCACAGAGAAGCCUGACUCGGACGUCUUCAUCGACCUCGACGAUAUGGAGGACAGUCUGAACGACGACCUGUCGGACGAACUGCCCUGUUCGCUCGUCAUCGAGAACUCGGCACAGAGCAAACCGGACCAGCAGUUCCAGUUUAAGGAGAUCAUGCUGACCGAUGAGGAGAGGAGGCUGCUGGCGAAGGAGGGAGCGACCAUCCCGACCCACAUGCCUCUCACCAAGGCUGAGGAGAGAACUCUGAAGAGAGUGAGGAGAAAGAUCCGGAACAAACAGUCCGCUCAGGAGAGCCGCAAGAAGAAGAAGAUCUACGUGGACGGCCUGGAGAACAGGGUUGCCGUCUGCACAGCUCAUAACCAGGAGCUCCAGAAAAAGGUUCAGAUGCUCCAGAAGCAGAACAUGUCUCUGAUUGAACAGCUGAAGAAGCUGCAGUCCAUGCUGAAGAUGUCCGCCAUGAAGACCACCACGACCAGCACCUGUGUGAUGGUGUUCCUGCUGUCGUUCUGUCUCAUCAUCUUCCCCUCCAUCAACCCGUUCAGCAGUACCGCUCAGAAGGAUCUGUAUAGCACCUCAACAGCUGGAAUAUCCCGGAACAUCCGUUCAUACCCCCUGAUGGCCCGGCCAGAGGAAACAGUCAGCCCCCCUAAAGAAGCCGCGGAAGAGGAGCUCGUCCUGGUGGCCACGGUGGAAAAUGACCAGAUCCUGCUGACUGGCGGCCAGAACCAUACCCCAGAUUACCACCAGGUGGAGCAGUCCGACUCCGAGUCCGGCGUGAACAACAACUCGUCCUCCGAUUUCCCCGCCGCGCCGCAGUCAGACCUCCAGCCAGCGGGGGCGCUCUCAGAAACGCACAGGGACCCAGCAGCGCCCCCGGUGGUGUACGACGGCCAGAGCAAAGCGAAGGAGAACUGGAUCGGACAGAAACCCACGUCAGUUAUCAUACAGCAGCAUCGCUCUGACGAAAUGUAGAGCAGAUGCUCCGACGCAUGAAAAAGGGACAGAUGUAAUAUUUUAUUUAAUUUCCUGCUGUUUCUCAGACACGGGUUUAACCUGCGCGCCUAGCUGUGGGUCUAGGCUUAAGCUAAAUCUGGGUUUUACCGGGUCAUUGACCUACUGUAAGAUAAAUGGGCUCCUUUCUUCUCUUCUCUUCUUUCAUUCUCUCCAUUUCUCCCUCUGCUUUCUGCCCUUUCUUACACUGGAUUAUUUUUUGAAAGCACUUUCUUCACUUCCACUCGUUUUCCAAACCCAUCAGGCUGCACACGUUUAUCCCGUGCCCAGGUUUCCUCUCCGGAGGCGCCGAGUGGAUUGAACGCGCUCCCCUGUGUCUGUAUUCCUGUUACAGUGGGUGUGAUAAUCUGUAUAUACAUGCAGUAAAACUGAGCCAUUGCAGGGCAUUUGGCUACAUAGCUUGAUAUUUUGCCAUGUUUACCUUGUAGAAAGGGAUUCCGUGCCCUCUCCAGGCCCCGCCCCCAAACCAGAGCUCCGCCCCCAGCUUGGAUCCGUCAUAGCUACUGUUGUGAGGUUGUGAGGAACCCCAAUCAGCCUAACGAGAACCUGUCCACUCCUAAUGAUGUUUUUUCAAGGGCUCUUUAGUAAAGAGAACGUUCUAUUUAGAACCGUUCUGAGCUUAAAGGGUCCCGAAAUGGCUCCUCAGAUUGAUGGAGUGUGGGAUGUUGCCUCGUCAAGCAUGCAGAAGAACCCUUUUUCCAUUCUCAAAGGGUUCUAUGUAGAACCGUAUACAAACAUGACUCGGUGAGUUAUUCGUUUCUAAUCGUCUCUAAUUUGUGUAAUUAGGACUAAAGUUUGUCCAGCAACAGUAGCGAAGAGCGUAUUUGUGGGCGGAGCCAGGAGAGGCAUUCCCACUGAAGGAAAUCAGUGGGAAGGAUCAGUCAGGAUCUUUUAAAUCCCGUGAUGUAUGUAGUGACCCAAAGGGAAGAGAGGCCAGCUGGGGCCGACGGACGUUCCUCUUCGUGUUCAUCCUGAGUUUCUGCUGUAAAUACGGCUUCGUGCGCUUUGAGGAGGCUGCCGAGCGGAAAGCUGAGCAUCCUCCGGAGUAAAGGACGGUCUGCGCUGGCAGGGAUGCUCUGCGUCAUGAUGAAUGUUUUAUUUGCUCGUACUUUGUUGUUUUAUGAUGGUUCUCCGUGCUUCGCUGUACUUGUGCUCUUUUUUAUUUACCUGAUUAUGUCGGAUCUGUAGAUCUUGCACUGAUGUAUCUGCAAGUGUAGAAAGUCUCGUACUUGUUACUCACAAAAGCCGAUUAAACACACGAUCCGUUCCUUUAUUAUAA